AUGAGUGAUCACCUUUCCGUCGAGGACAUUGACGACGCUGAACUUCCGGGCGCUCUGCAGCGACUCGACAAUACUCAAUUGAACCGCACUGUUCAAGGCCUCGAUAGCAAUCAGAUCCCUCGUAUCUUACUUGCCACCAAGAGCAUGAAUGACGAACAUGCCCAGCGUAUCAUCCAGAGUCUUGACCCCUCAACGGAUAACCGCAUCCAGACCUUCGGAGGAAUGAUGUUCUGGGGCACGAAUAUCCAGUCGGGUCCCGGAAAUCCGGGCCAUCCCACGUUCUGUGACAAGUUCCCUCAUAAGACAGGUACUGGAAGGUUUGUUUGUGGCUGCGGCUGGCAUGAUUCUGAUCAGGCGGUGGACGACCUCAUCGUGCACUACUUCUUGUUGAAGCAAAACGGCAUCCUCUGGUCGCACGUUGAGGGUGCACCGAAUGAGUACAUGUGUCGGGCAUGCUUCAACGACAAGCCUGGAAGUUUCAAUAAGUAUGAUUUAAACGACCUUAAUGCUCAUAUUUCUAAGAACCAUGUUAUCAAUCCCUACACUCUGGAUGCUUCUCUCAAGGGCUCGUAUGGGCAGUACUUGGGGCAGCGACCAGGCUAUUACUACGAGAUUUGA